AUGACGAGGGAAUGCUAUCCUUUAUGUCAUGAGAAACGGGAUUUUAUGGAGGUUCAUCCUCCACGAUCAGAAGAAGAUUUUUAUAAAAGUUAUGACCCAAUGAUAGGAAUUGGAACAGCUAUGACAUUAAUAAUAUUUUUUUUUCUUAUAACUGUCAAAGCAUGUGCACGGUAUUUAACGCGUAAAUGGCAGAUGUAUCAUUUCUAUCGUAAUAUAGAAAAGACAACAGUAUCUCUACCUGAAGCUGCGAUUACAUGCGAAUCUCAGCAACAUAUGAUUGUUUAA